AUGAGUGCUGGACCCAAAGGAGACAACAUUUAUGAAUGGAGGUCAACUAUACUGGGACCUCCAGGGUCAGUAUAUGAAGGUGGAGUUUUCUUCCUUGACAUUACCUUUUCACCGGACUAUCCCUUUAAACCACCUAAGGUAACGUUCCGGACGAGGAUCUAUCACUGUAACAUUAACAGCCAAGGCGUCAUCUGCCUGGACAUUUUAAAAGACAACUGGAGUCCAGCAUUAACCAUUUCUAAAGUUCUCCUCUCCAUCUGCUCCCUCCUCACAGACUGCAACCCGGCUGACCCCCUGGUUGGAAGCAUUGCCACUCAGUAUAUGACUAACAGAGCAGAGCAUGACAGAAUGGCCAGACAGUGGACCAAGCGAUACGCCACAUAGGAACCUCCUCUAGGAUUUGCUGGACCUGUGCAAGCACAUUCACUAAGUGCUUCAAUAGCCCUUCCCUUCAUUCUUAUUUUUUAUUAAAUUUUGAACCAUUUCUUUUUUGUUUUGUUUUUAUUUUUAUUUGUUUGGGGUUUUUUUUGUUCUGUUAACUUGAAAGCUGUUUCCCUCAAAUGUAGACAGGGAAUUUUGGUUAUCAGUGCAAAGAAUGUUGGAUCUGUAAUAGUAUAGAGCUUUGUCACGAAGCUUUGUAUUAAUGUGUGGUUUUUUUUUUCUUUCAUGUGUUUUUUGGGAAAACAAACAAAUUCAGAAUUAUAUCUCGUUUCUACUUAAAUGUAGUGUUUAGGGUUAUUUUUUUGUACUGAAGUCUUUAAUGGUGGGUGCAUGCUACUGGGAACAAGUUUUGUAUAAAAGCUUAAAAUCAAGAAUCACUGUGCAUUACUAAGACUGUGUUUAUCACUAGCCUUCUGUUUCCCACACAAAAGGCUACUGCAUUGAACAAAUUAAUAUGUAUUUUGAUUUACUUAAAAGAAAAGUGCUUGUAAAUUUCUUAGGGACCUGCCACUUUUGACUGUGGAUCAGUUGAUGUACACUUGUAUUAUUAAAGCACUCAAUAAAACACUGUGGCUGAUAAAUGCACUUUUUGCAAGACGGUGCUUUCGCGUCUGUGCACUGUAGACUGCACAGUCCUCACACAAUAUGACUGCAGGUUAAGCAAUUAUUUUUAGACCUAAACUAUUCAUUUGUUCUUAACAGUAUCUUUCUUAACUUAGAAUUCUUUGUUGCGCGUAUCUUUUAUAUACAAACAUCUUCUAAAUUUUAAGGCCAUUCUUUCACAUGUCGGCGCUCAGCUCAGCUAUUCUGAAGCCUCUUGCUGAAUCUUUUGUACUAUAGCUUCACUGUAUCCAUCUUGUUACUUUUUUAAUGGUUGACUAUAAAAAUAGCCUUGCAAUGAAAGCAGAAUAUUGAUGAUGAUUUUAUACAGCAGGCUUCGUUUUGCCUUUCUCCUAGCUCUUUAAUUGUAAAAGCAACUGUUAUUUGAAAAAUAAAUGAAGGUUUUCGAUGGGAAAAUUGAGCCCACUGCACCAAUCAUUCCCAGCACGUUCAAGGCAAGGGUAUUUCUAUUCAGAUUUGACCUUCAGGCUAAUUUUAGAUAUGCAGCCAUAGAAGGAAAACUUCUCCUUGGCUAAGGAAAUGCGUGGGUGUUGUGAUUUAGAAAAUAUAUACUGUGAUGCUGAUAUCUAAAUGUU